AUGGCCCCGCUACCUUCCGCCUCGUGCGGGUCCACAGACGUCCGUCCAACCCCGCCACCACUCAACGUCCCCCACCCCCACGGCCACGCCCAAAACCCCCAACAAUCCUCCGCCGCCGAUUCCCUCUCCAUCUCCCAAGCUUCCCAAGCAACAUCGGUCUUGACAGAAGACGAAGAGGACCUGGAGGAUUACAGGCCGGGGGGGUAUCACCCGGUGAAUAUUGGGGAUGAGUUCAAGACGGGGCAGUAUGUGAUUGUGAGGAAGCUUGGGUGGGGGCAUUUUUCGACGGUUUGGCUGGCUAGGGAUAAUUCAUCAAACCGUCACGUCGCCCUCAAAGUCGUCAAAUCCGACGGCCACUACACCGAAACAGCCCUCGACGAGAUCCAGCUCCUCCAACGCGUCGUCAACUCGUCCCCCACCCACGCUGGCAGACACCACGUCGUCGGCCUGCUCGACUCUUUCAGACAUACAGGCCCGAACGGGUCGCAUGUGUGUAUGGUGUUUGAGGUGCUGGGCGAGAAUCUGUUGGGGUUGAUCAAGAGGUAUCAGCACCGGGGCGUGCCGCAGCAUAUCGUCAAGCAGAUUGCCAAGCAAGUGUUGCUUGGGCUGGAUUAUCUGCACAAGGAGUGCCGGGUGAUUCAUACGGAUCUGAAGCCGGAGAAUGUGCUUAUCUGUAUUGAUGAUGUCGAGUCUGUUGUGCAGGCGGAACUGGCGUCUUGCCCUGCGGCGGUACCGACAAAGAUUGUGGGUGUGCCGCCGUCGCAGGGGAGGAUGGGGAAUCAGACGCCGAGAAAGGAUAACAUCUUUAUUGUCGGGUCGCAGCCUUUACCCAGUCCGAGCUCGAGCUACUCUUCGUCGCCCAUGCUCGACAAGUAUGGUUUCGGCAUGUCGAAAAUCUCGGGUGCGAGCGCGCCCAAGGGGAGUUUACUUCCUGAUUCUUCUGCUUCUGCCGCUGGUGCUGGAGGGAAGAAGGGCGCAUCGACGGAUGCCAUUGGGAAUGGACUGGAGAAUGUCAAGCUUGGCGAAGGGAGCGGUCUGAAAUGGGAAAAGACGAGUACGCCCGCUCCCCAACCGCCUUCCGGCCCCUCCCUCCUCUCGCAACAACUCCACACCCACCCGGCUUCUCCACCCCUCAACGCCGCGCCCUCCGAAUCCGCCUCCUCCGUACCCUCCGCCCCGCUGGACGACGGGACGGACGUGUCGACGCCGGCUACGACGCCCGACCAUGCGAGCCGAUUACCAGAGCAGAACGACGAUAGGGCGCCCGAGGCUGGGGACCCGAACCAUCUGCCACCGCCGUUCCCGUACGACCCUGUGAGUUUGGAGAGGAUCACGGUCAAGAUUGCGGAUUUGGGGAAUGCGUGCUGGGUGGACCAUCAUUUUACGAAUGAUAUUCAGACGAGGCAGUAUCGGUGUCCGGAGAUUAUUUUGGGGACAAAGUGGGAUGAGAGUGUGGAUAUGUGGAGUGCUGCUUGUUUGUUUUUCGAGCUGUUGACGGGAGAUUACUUGUUUGACCCGCAACCUGGGGUAAAAUAUGAUAAAGACGACGACCAUAUUGCGCAGAUUAUGGAGUUGCUCGGAGAGAUGCCGCGUGCGCUCGCCAUGAAUGGAAAGUACAGUCACGAAAUCUUCAACCGUCGCGGCGAACUCCGGCACAUCAACCGCCUCCGUUUCUGGCCCCUCAUCUCCGUCCUCCAAGAAAAAUACCUCAUGGAAAAAGAAGAUGCCGAACAGCUCUCGUCCUUCCUCGGGCCCAUGCUUUGCUACCAGCCCGGGGAGAGGGCGAAGGCGAGCGAGCUGUUGGAGCACAAGUGGCUGGAGGGCGUGGUGGUGCAGGGGGAGGUGGAGCUGAGUAAGAGUUUGAGGGAGAGCGAGCGGAUACGGCGGGAGGUUGGGGAUGCUGCUGGGGCGAACGCUGGGGCGAACGCUGGGGAUGGAGGGAAAGGCGAGGCGAAUGGGAGGGUGAAUGGGGCGAGCAAUGGGAAGAGCGUAGAGCCGCAAAAAGGCGGUUUUGAGGAAGUGUUGAACCUUGGGCCGGCGGUAAAGGGGAUGGUCGGUAUGGGUCGGAUUUAG